AUGCAUUUCUCCAACAUUGCUCUUGCGACAAUCGCAACGGUCGGACCCCUCGCCAACGCUCACGGCACCGGACUUCCCCAAAUCCUUGGCCUAGAUGUGGCAGAUGAAAGGGCUAGGAGCCUUCUACGUAGCAUUGGUGCUCAACUCUCGGAGGCUGGCCAUGUGCACGCGGCUCCCGUAGAAGCUCGCCAGAGCACACAGAGCCCGAAGGAAUGUGGAGAGGGUAUCGGCUCUUGUCCUGCUGGAAAGUGCUGCUCACAAAUUGGAUACUGCGAUACCACUGAUGCACACUGCUACUCUCCUGGAUGCCAGUACAAGUACGGCCCUGCUUGCGCAGAGAACAAUCCACCUGCCGGUACCAACACUUCAUCGAUCCCCCGUGAUAAGGUCGGCUCUGUGGCCUACGGUGGGGAACGGAAUCUUUCAACCAAGUACACCGAGCACAUUCUCGAUCUCAUGAAGAGCUACAACGCGAAAGCUACGUUCUUCAUGACAGGAGCCAACAUCAACAAGGGCCAAAUCGACAUCAAGUUCGCGGAUGUGAUCAAGCGUGUAGAUUCUGAGGGACAUCAGGUCGCUUCUCACACCUGGACUCAUCUCGACCUCAGUAAGGUCUCAUCACUCGACCGCAAGAACCAGCUUUGGAUGAACGAGAUGGCUCUCAGGAACGUUCUUGGCAAGAUCCCCACGUACAUGCGCCCUCCUUACUCCAGCUGCACCAAGGAAUCUGGUUGCCAGCAGGAUAUGGCCGACCUCGGAUACCACAUCACCAACUUCAAGGUUGACACCGACGACUACAACCAAAACAAGCCUGAGCAGAUUCAGCAGUCGAAGGACUGGUUCAAGGGAAACAUCACCAAGGCAGGCGCAACCGGGGAGAAGGGCGACAAGUGGCUCACUAUCGGCCACGACAUUCUCGACCAAACGGCGAACAACCUGACGGAAUAUAUGCUCCAGACCCUCACACAGCUCGGCUACAAGGCCGUCACUGUCGGAGACUGUCUUGGAGACCCGAAGGAGAACUGGUACCGUAAAGCAGAUGGCGCCGGCGUUAGCGUCGCCAACAACACCCAGGUAGGCUUCCAUAAUAACACACUCGGUGCUUCGUCAAACAGCAACCAAGCCAACGGCAACCCUGCCUCCUCAUCCCUGCCAGCCUCAACAGGCACUGGUGCGAUGUUGACCACUUCCAUGUCGACCAUCGCUGUUGUGCUUCUGUUCGCCGUCGCGCUCGCAUGA